AUGUCGGCUCUACCGGAGUGGUAUCCUGGCCUCACAGAAAACCACCAGACAUAUAACAACCACAGCGUUGUGUUUCGCUAUCGAUAUUAUAAACAAGAGCCCGCUUACAUCGGAAUCAUUGAAAUGGAUGUUCUCUCCAAGAACAUGACGCUUCGUUCAAUGACGCUCCCAUCAUCCAAAGAGGUUUUAAUAUCUUCACUCUUCAGCCUCAUCGAUAUAAGGUUACGGGAGAUCAAUCAUUUCCCAAAAAAACCUAAUUACAAAUUUAUCGAAGGUCAAAAUUUGACUAUAGACCUGCCCAAGACGCCUGUUAUUAACCACGGCUGGUGGCGUUUAAAGACACCGAAUAAUGAAACACUCGUUAUCGACAACUCGUUGAAAAAUGACAAGAAUCAUAAAACAAUAGUCAAUCGAUACAUGGAAGGUACAUGGGAAUUUGAAUUUUACAUACAUCAAGAUAAUACCCAUUUCCUCCCAAACGUUAAAAAAGUUUUGUAUCCACCGGGGACUCAAACGGUUUACACACCUGUCGCAUGCCGUACCGACGUGACUGUAGAUACUAAGUUCAUCAUUAUAUGUUGUGCUGUGGGAGCACUUGCAUUCCUCAUUAUAAUUGGACAAGCUAUUUAUAUUUUCUACUUGAAGUCCUUAGCUCGAAGACUGCACGCCCAUAACAACUUGUCCAAGAAAGCUGAAUCGGAUCAAAGUGACAGGGCUCGAUACUGUUCGAACCCUCGACAAAAGAAGAUCAAGGAAGUGGAACCUGUUGAAAGCAGAGACAGUGUUAUUUACGAAGCACCAAAUAUUCAAAUAACUGACAGUGGUCGAAAACAACUUCUUCCUCCAAAUCUGCCAGCCAUAUCCACGAUGCCUAGUACACCAAAGAUAGGACGGAAUGUGGGAAUGCAUCAACCGAUGCAUGGAGCGACCCUCAAUCAUCCUUCUAGAAGCCCAAUGAUGGACCAGCCACCUUCCUUCCCGAGACAGACAGAACGUGACAUGGCGAGCAGACCUCCUUUGCCACUUCCACCUCAAGAUAACUUUGAAGUUUAUGAACAAAUGACUGAGGGUAUGGACACAUACGAACCUCCACCGCCGGUAACCAGUAAUGCAAUGCCACCUAGACUACCGAUGCCUCCGAAAAAGGUCCCGACAGCGAACUUAGUCAACGUGAAGGAAGAUACACUGAAAGCCAGAAGAGGAGUCAGGCCUCCCGUCACUCCUAAACCACAAAUGCCCCAAACUGCUGUAGCACCAGUCAACGAAUUGGAGCAAGUCUUGAAAAGAAGACAGGCAGGAAUCGAAACAACUACAAGAAACAACGAGUUAGAAGAAGCAUUCAGAAAACGCAAUAAUGUAAAACAAGUGCCCAUCUUAUCAAUACCCGAUCCAAGUUCAGCAAAAAACAGACCUACUGUAAAAUCAAAACCGAAAAUACCACAACCGCAGCCAGUACAGGAAGAAAUCUACUACAACGAGAACCAAGCGUCUUCAGACGAAGAAUGGACCUACGAGCCUUUGAAACCCCAUAAAAAUUACGACCCUAACAUUUAUAACAUAUAA